AUGGCUAGUAUCGAACUCACGCCUGAGAAGCCUGAGUUCUCGGCUGGAAGUUGGCAUCUUGAAUGUCAGAUGAAUGAGAAUAUUGCCGCGUCUACUGCACUGUACUACUUUGACAGUGAGAACGUCACAUCAAGCCGGCUAUCAUUCCGCAUGCAGACGAACUCGUAUCUAAAUGAUGAGAUCAAGACUGGACAGAAUAAGUACAACUGUCUUGAAAGGGUGUUUGGCACAGACCUUGGAAUGCAUGGUGGUUUAGCUAGAUCUUGUGUUCAAAGCUACGGCGACGUUGACACGCCAGGGAGCCGUCUCCUUGCUUUUCCUAACGUCUUUCAAAAUCGCGUGUCCUCUUUCAAGCUGCAAGAUCCGAUAAAGCCGGGCCAUCGACGCUUCAUCGCCCUUUGGCUGGUUGAUCCGCACCGGCGAAUCCUUUCAGCAGCGAAUGUGCCGCCUCGGCAAAAGGAUCAGUAG